GGGCGGAGCGGGGCUUUCAUUAUCCGGGGCAAUGUAUGUGGAGUAAGAGAAUGAGUGAAUGGGGAAACUGAGGCUAAGUCAAUGACAGAGCUGGUAUUCAAACCCAAGUCUGUACUGAGAGAAGGAACCUAGUUUGAUUAUCUGCCAUCUCUUCUCCACUAAGCCCUGCCCAGAGCCCAGGCACACAAGAGGAGCUCAGUAAGGGCACUGAAAUCAAACUGCUUGGCAACCGGAGACGCUCAGGGCCAGAGGCGGACAGCUCUCUCCAAAACCAAACCUCCGCAGUCCUCCAGAACCAUAGAGAGCUGCGCGAGGAACCGCCCCUCUCGAUGCUCUACGCCGUUGGGGAACGUCGGGAGCGGGCUGGAGGGCUAGAGAGGCCGGAAGUGCGACCAGCCUGGGGAUCCGCUGGCCGCGCCGGAGGUGGGACGCCUCGAGCUCUCUCCUGUCUUUCCUUCUAGGCCUGGGGCCGAGGAGGCCCCAGAAGGACCUUGCGAUGGACGAAGAGAGAGUGCAGAAGCCCGCUGGCCCACCCACAAGGAAGAAAUUCCUCAUUCCAGUGGACGAGGAUGAGGUCCCUCCUCCCGGGGCCAAGCCCUUAUUCAAAUCCACACGGAGCCUACCCACUGUGGAGACCUCACCCCAGCUGGCUCCUCAGACCUACGCCGAGUACGCCAUCUCAGGACCUCCAGGAGGGUCUGGAGCCACACGCCCCAUAGGGCCAGAACCCCUGGCAGGAGAGACCCCCAACCAGGCCCCCAAACCAGGAGCAAAAUCCAACAGCAUCAUUGUGAGCCCCCGGCAGAGGGGCAACCCUGUGCUGAGGUUUGUGCGCAACGUGCCCUGGGAGUUUGGCGAUGUGCUUCCUGAUUACGUGCUGGGCCAGAGCACCUGUGCCCUCUUCCUCAGCCUCCGUUACCACAGCCUCCACCCAGACUACAUCCACGAGCGGCUGCAGAGCCUGGGGAAGAGCUUCGCCCUGCGGGUCCUGCUCGUCCAGGUGGAUGUGAAAGAUCCUCAGCAGGCCCUCAAGGAACUGGCUAAGAUGUGCAUCCUGGCCGACUGCACCCUGAUCCUUGCCUGGAGCCCCGAGGAGGCCGGGCGGUACCUGGAGACAUACAAGGCUUACGAGCAGAAGCCGGCGGACCUCCUGAUGGAAAAGCUGGAGCAGGACUUCGUCUCCCGGGUGACUGAAUGUCUGACCACCGUGAAGUCAGUCAACAAAACGGACAGUCAGACCCUCCUGACUAUUUUUGGGUCUCUGGAACAGCUCACAGCUGCAUCGCGGGAAGAUCUGGCCUUGUGCCCAGGCCUGGGGCCCCAGAAGGCUCGAAGGUUGUUUGAUGUCUUACACGAGCCCUUCUUGAAAGUGCCCCGAUGACCUCUGCUGCCAAGGAGGCCCUUGGUGUAACAAUAAAGCACUUUCCUGGUCCAGG